AUGAGCAGUAGAGGUCAAAAGGCAAAAGCGGGCAGCAGCAGCUCAAAGAAAAGAAAACAGAGAAAAUUGGAGUACCGACUUCGCCGCAAGAAUUCGGUUUUGAUGGCCAAUUUCCGCGAGGAAUUCACCACACCAGGAGGAUUGCAGAGGUCGUGGUCUUGUGUGGAAUUGGGCAAGACACAAUGUCGUGAGACGACUAGUACAAAGCGAGUCUCAUUCUCAUUGAGAACACCGACGAAUUCUGUUGAAAAUCUGGAGUCACUCCCGAAUCCGAAGAAGGAGCCUCGCUCAAUUUUACGAAGCAACACGUCGUUCCUGGGUGGCAAAGAUUCGCUCACACAUAUGGAUUUUGACACGUUCAGUGCUUGGCGACGAGGAUCGAAAAUGAGCGAUGAUGUCGUCCGUUUCCAACAGUGCAGUGUUCCGACACUUGAAGAAAUGAAGAGAAAACAGAAGAGGAAGGAGAACGAUGAAGAAAACCAUACCGCCAUUAGCGAAGAUGACUGGUGGAUUGUCAAAGUGUUUAAACUUGGCAUCACAAGUUGUUUCAAUCGCAGAAGUGUCAACCCGGAUCCACCAGAAACUAUUAAUGUCGAUAGUCUCAUAAACAUGAUUAUCGCCUACUAA